UGGGGCCCCCGGGCAAUAGGGGAUCAUGGGGCCCCUGUGUCCUUCCCCAAACUCAAAAAAGCCUAUGAAAAAGGUACCAGGGGCAUCUCAUGGGGCCCCCUACUGACCCCAGGCCCUCAGGCAGUGUUCGAGUUUACAAAUGGUCAGUCCGCCCCUGGUGAUGAUACAGAUGUGAUGAGGCCAGGGGCGGACUGACAACUCAUGGGGCCCCCGGGCAAUAGGGGAUCAUGGGGCCCCUGUGUCCUUGCCCAAACUCAAAAAAGCCUAUGAAAAAGGUACCAGGGGCAUCUCAUGGGGCCCCCUACUGACCCCGGGCCCUCGGGCAGUGCCCGAGUUUCCAAAUGGUCAGUCUGCCCCUG